GGCCGCCCUCCGCGGGCGGGGCCGGCGGCGCUGGGGCGAGAGAGGCACGGUGGGAGGAGGCGGAUCGCGACACAUCGCAGCGUAUCGAGAUGGCGAACGAUCGCUCCCGCAGCCUGGGCAAGGGUAGCGCGGCGCCGGGGCCCGUGCCCGAGGGGCUGCUGCGGCUGUACGGCAUGAGGUUCUGCCCCUUCGCGCAGAGGACGCGCCUGGUUCUCCGCGCCAAGGGCAUCAGCCAUGAAGUAGUCAACAUCAAUCUGAAGAACAAACCUGACUGGUUCUUUGAGAAGAACCCCUCUGGGCUGGUCCCUGUUCUGGAGACCAGCAAGGGCCAGCUGAUCUGGGAGUCCCCAAUCACUUGUGAAUAUUUGGAUGAGGCAUUUCCAGAGAAGAAGCUGAUGCCUUCAGACCCAUAUGAGCGAGCCCGUCAGAAGAUGAUCUUGGAAGACUUCUCAAAGAUAACACCCUUACUUUUCAAGCAUGUUUUGGCAGUCAAAGAUGGACAAGACACCACAGCACUGAAAGCAGAGAUUGCUGAAAAGUUUGGCAAAUUCGAAGAGAUUCUGUCCAAACGCAACACUGUGUUUUUUGGUGGGAACUCCAUCUCUAUGCUUGACUACAUGAUCUGGCCGUGGUUUGAACGCCUGGAAGCAUUCCAGCUGAAAGACACUUUGAAUCACGCACCAAAGCUCCAACGCUGGAUGGAGGCCAUGAAGGAGGACCCUGCUGUCAAGGCUACAAUGACUGACACACAGACAUUCAAAAACUACCUCCAGCUGUAUUUGGUGAACAGCCCUGAGGCAUGUGAUUAUGGGCUCUGAGGUGCCAGUAGGCAUGAGCUUGCUGAAGUGUCAGUGCUGUUUUUCAGUGUGGGGACUUAGUGUAAUUUGAUGUGGGCUCUUCUGUGGUUGCGUUUCAUGAUUGGGAAUAAAUCUGUGCUGAAAAGCUGAGAAA